AUGGUAGACCAGGAGAAUAUUACAAAUAGUCCGAAGUGUGUUUCCUACAUGACAUCAUGGGUAAAUUCUGCGUAUACAGCGAAUGAUGCAAUGAAUCUACAGAGCGCCCUUGCCAAGAAUUAUUCCUCCAAAGUUCGGCCAUUAGAGACCACAUCCGUUGAUGACUAUUUUGGGAUGAUGCACAUCACAGAACUGAAUAUCGUGCAGCAACAGUUACAUAUUGUCGGAUUCCUCCUUGUAGAAUGGACAGACAGCAGGCUGACAUGGGCAACAUCCGACUACGGCGGCAUGAAUUCAACUUUCGUACUACUUUCUGAUAUAUGGUCCCCUCCGUUAGUGCUUAACAACGCUGCAGAUGAUAUCCAGAUUAUGAAUGAUGACUCAGAUCUGUCCAGUGUGAAUGCGCAUCAAGGGAACGAUGGGUAUGUUAUAUGGCUGGCACCAGCCAAUUUCAUGGCUCAGUGCACCAUAAACAUUCAGUAUUAUCCAUUUGAUUCGCAGACAUGUUACUUCAUGGUCUCAUCAUGGUUGUUCCUUGAAAAGCAUUUAGAACUUGGAGGGUCAGCUGCAUCGAUAAAUAUGGACCUUUACCAAGAAAAUGGUGAAUGGGACCUCACUGGAUCAAAAGUUGAAAAUAUAACAAGUCAAUUGCUUACUGACACUAUUACGACAAAGAUUACACAGAAGAACGCAUCUCUAGAAAAGGUUGAACUUACACUGGUGGAGAAAAAACACUUAGAAAAGGCGAUCAUACAAAAUAGAGCACGGGAUAAACAAGACAGAGAGGAAACCGAACAGUUUGGCGCAAGGAAUUACAGUUUUGAAGACUUAGCCCUUGUAUUCGACAAUUUUAAUUUUAUAUUGUUUGCAAUCAUCACGGUUACUGUAACUGUUGUAUUUAUGGUAGUGCUGCGGUUAGGCGGAUCAUCGUAA